AUGUUGCAGUGCCGGUCUUUUGCAGCACAGCACGACCAGCCGCCGCUAUACCUGUACUACGAGACUUUUGCGAAUGGCACCAAGUCACUCGUGGCCCCACUUCGCGACGAAGCGUCGGGAUUAUGCUACUACCCAGUGGACUGUUUGUCUGCACCUUGUUGCGCGGCCCAAAACUGGAUAGAGGGCGGCCAGACUAGCUCAACAAACAUUGUGAACAUUGCCGGCGCAGUGGUUUACAUAGGUUUCACUAUCUGGCUCAAUCGGUGGAUGACCCGGGUGCGGCAGCAAUACGAGGGGGAUGCAGAUCCGCGGCCACCAAGUGGGAUCCAUGAUGGAUUGAACCUUCUUGGCAUCUAUGUGGGCAUUUGCGUGACCGUCUUUGUAUCUAUCGCCAUGGCCUCCAGCACGCAGCUUGCGUUGCCCGUGCCUGAGAGGAAUUCUAUGCUGGCAGCCAUGGCUUUCUUGACCCCGGUGAAGGAUAUAUUCCAGUUCCUGGAAGACACCACCACUGUGAAGAUCACCUUAGCCCUGGGUGCCGGCGACUUCUCCUCCAUUCGUCCCAUUGCCUCCUUGGGCGUCGUUGGUGGAUUGGCGGCAGGGACUUUGGGUGCACUGUUGAUGACUCUGCUGGCGUUUUGGCCUCAGGUCAUCGAAGUUCUUUUGACUCCAGGAAGUGCACAGGCCAUUGGGCAGAACCCUGGCUGCCAGCUGCUACCACAUGCAGAGGAGGUGGUCCAAACCGCACGAGGCCUUUGGUUGCUGACCAGUUGGUCCUGGCCUCUGCAGUUUUGCAGCAUGGUCCUCUCCGGCAUUCUCAUGGGUGCAAGGGAAUUCGCGAUCUACGGCGUUUGCUCCGUGUUGUCACAAGGAGCUUUGGCGGCCAUUUGGUUUCGGGGAGGAGUGCAGGACUUGCAUCUUCUUGGCUGGGCCACUUUCACGUCCAACCUGGUCUUGUGCGCGUCUCUCGCUGUUAGCCUCAUCCUUCAUCGGCCUUUGCGUCAGAAGAUGGGCUUGCUUCUUCGCCCCACUGUGGUGGAGGGUAGCAUGGCAGAGGCGCUCAGACCACAGGCAACGACUCAGAAGGAUGUGCUGGUUGACGGCUUCCUUGCAAUGAUACUGGACUUAGCUCUUCAAUUUGCCGGGACCACUUCAGUCUAUGUGGCCGCUUUUGUGAGUUUGCAAGAUAUGUAUCAGCUGAGCUCUGCUGCUGCCGCAUUGCCUCAAUACUCAGCCUAUGCCGUGGCUGUCGGCUAUGUGGUCCGCUUGGUGGGGGGUGCGCUGGUCGGACGGCGAGCAUUUGCCGAGUUUGCCCGGCUCAUGCAGGUGAUGAUCAUUCUGAGCAUCAUGUUGGGCAUUAUCUCAGCGAUGGGCAUCUAUCCGAACAAGACAAGCCUAGCUGCAUACUACUCAGUGCAAGCCUGUGAGUUUGCCAGCUCCCAGGACUGCCUUAAUAUUUAUGCCGGGCUCUAUGCUGAAGGCUUGGGGAAGUAUGAUACGACUAUUUUCACAACCUUCGAUGUUUUUGGCAUCACAGCGAUGUUCACCUGCAUUUUCAACGUGGCAAAGGCAGGGCUCUAUGCCUGCCAAGACUUCAAGUUCAUGGCCAAAGUGUCACUGUGGGUCCUGUUCUUGACCUUUCUGCCGGUGCUUUUGGUCGCUCGAUUCUUUUUUGUCAGCGCCACAGCCUUGUAUGUAGCCUCUGUGUUGCCAAGCUGGGUCUUGACGCUGAUUUUCCUUUGGCGACUUCAUCGGUUAUCAUCUGAAUGGUUCUCAAAUGUCACCACCACUCCGCUAUCCCUGGAAGUUGGUACAGCAGGGUGA